GGUUGUUGUUCACUCUGAGGAGCUGCCAGACGGGGUGACAAGCCAAGGGCUUUUCGUCUUGUGGGAGCACUUGCCACAUCUUGCGUGAGAACAUUUCUCAGAUCCAGCUCAUGGUUCCUGGAAUCUCAACUGCUAUGGGAAACAGGUGCCUGUCCCUGCUCUUAGGUCUCAGUGUCCUGCUGGCUCUGUCAGGAUCAGAAGCAAAGAAUUCCGGAGCUUUCUGUCCGCCGUGCCCAGAAAAUGCCGACUGCUACAACAGCACCCACUGCACAUGCAAAGGUGGAUUUCAGUCCACUUCUGGGAGGAGAUACUUCAAGCCCAAUGAGAAAUGUGAAGAUAUUGAUGAGUGUCAGACUGGACUGGCAAAGUGCCAACAGGAGGCAUAUUGCAGAAAUCAAAUUGGAAGUUACUACUGCAGCUGUGUUCCAAAUUUUCCCAUCUUCAACUGGGUGGCUGGCAUCAUUAAACUGAAUCAUGAAAACUGUUACGAGGAUGCUGGUGAGAAGCCACUGCUAUCAGGGAACGUUUGGGAAAUUCUAAGGAACAAUGGCAGCAAAAAACACAUCGCAGAAAAGGCUACCCAACUUCUUCAACAAAUAGAAUUGCUCAUAUGGAAUAAGAGUUUUGUUUCUCCCGGAAAGCAUGAAAAUGCUACGCUUGACAUAGUCUAUGAAACCAAGAGGUGCAACGAGACAAGUGAGAAAACUAUUCUGGAGGCCGGAAAUAACACGAUGAAUAUCGACUGUUCUGCCUCCUUCAAAGGAGCCACAAGAGAUAGGAAUGUCGUUGCACUGAUCACUUACCGGUCUCUUGGGAAUAUUCUAAAUGGAUCCUAUUUUGACAAUAGAAGAGGGGCAGAGGGAGUCAAAUUGAACUCUCAAGUGAUAAGUGGCUCCAUUGGUGUGAAGGAAAAAAAGGAUCUAUCUAAACCUGUGUUCCUGACCUUCCAGCAUACUCAGCCUGGCGGUGGGAGAACAAAACAUCUCUGCGUCUACUGGAAAGGAUCGGAGGAGGGAGGCAGCUGGUCGACAGAGGGAUGCUCUCACUGGAGCAGCAACGAUUCUCACACCAAGUGCACGUGCUCCCACCUCUCCAGCUUUGCUGUCCUCGUGGCUCUUGCUCCCAAGGAAGAUCCUGUGCUGACUGUGAUCACCUACGUGGGGCUCAGCCUCUCUCUGCUGUGCCUCCUCCUGGCAGCCCUCACCUUCCUCCUGUGCCGGCCCAUUCAGAACACCAGCACCUCCCUGCACCUGCACCUCUCCAUCUGCCUCUUCUUGGCCCACCUCCUCUUCCUCACAGGGAUUAACCAAACUGAGCCUGAGGUGCUGUGCUCCGUCAUUGCAGGUGUGCUGCACUACCUCUACUUGGCCUCCUUCACCUGGAUGCUCCUUGAAGGGCUCCACCUCUUCCUCACUGUCAGGAACCUCAAGGUGGCCAACUACACCAACGCAGGCAGAUUCAAGAAGAGGUUCAUGUACCUUUUCGGCUACGGGCUCCCAGCUCUGAUUGUGGCUGUAUCUGCAAUAGUAGGACACAAAAAUUAUGGAACGUAUACUCACUGCUGGCUCAAGCUUGAUAAAGGGUUCAUCUGGAGCUUCAUGGGGCCAGUGGCCCUCAUUAUCUUGAUAAACUUGGUGUUCUACUUCCAAGUUCUGUGGAUUUUGAGAAGCAAACUUUCCUCCCUCAAUAAAGAGGUUUCCACCAUUCAGGACACCAGAGCCAUGACAUUUAAAGCCAUUGCUCAGCUACUUAUCCUGGGCUGUUCUUGGGGCCUUGGUUAUUUUAUGGUUGAAGAAAUUGGGAAGACAUUGGAAUCGGUCAUUGCCUACGCCUUCACCGUCAUCAAUAUCCUGCAAGGAGUUCUGCUCUUCGUGGUAUACUGUCUCCUUAAUCGCCAGGUGCGAAUGGAAUUCCAGAAAUGGCUUCGAGGGCUGCGGAAAGAGGCCGAAACUGAAAGCACUGAGGUAUCUCACGUCACCACCCACACCAAAACGCAAGAAAAACUGGACAAGUCAUCGGAGCUCUUCUGUGGGAGAGACCCUGCGUCUGUCCAACCGCAGCCUAGAACUCAUGUUGUGACUGUUUAUUGGCAAAAAACAGAAAGUUGAGCGGCGCGUGGACGACGCCCCCUCGUGGUCACACAUGGAUUGAACAAAUGACACCAUCUACCUACCAUUCCCGUGAAAAUGACUCCUUCCCUUAUUUUGGCUUCUGUCUCCAUAGAGAGGGCACCUAGGAGAAUUCUUAGAUCCAGAAUCUGUAUUGUACAUCACGUGGAAUUAAUGCUCAAGGAAUCGUUCUUAACCAUGAGGGAAAAAUAAGUGGAUUUUCUUCUUCCAGCCAUCAUUACCACUUUGCAGAAGACGAAUUGGCUGACAUCUGGAUUCAACUUACAGGUCCCUCUCUGGCCUCUCUGUUGCAUUCUAUGCUCCCAAAGAUCUUGCAUCACUUGACAUUUGCACAAUGCAAUAAUUUCCAUAGGGAUUCAUAUUUAAAAUGGGGUUGCAGUCUUGCAAUGCAAAAAUACACCACCAUCCCCACUUAGGCGUGAAUUGUCACCAGGAAGGAUUUUGUGGUCAGGUCACGAGACCUUUCCUGUUUUCUUUGCCUGAUAACUGUUUUGAACCUACCGGAUACCCUGGUUAAAGAGAGUUUUGUUUUCUUAGUGUUGUCUCCAACAUGUCCUAGUAUAAAUGUUCCCAAACCAAAGCAGUGUGGCACGUCACAGCAGUGAUUUGAUCUCAUUUGUUUUGUUUCUAUCUGAAAUGUUCCUAUUUUACUAUUAUUUUUAACCCCCUUCCUCAUUUACUAACACUGAGAUGCGUGUCCUAAUAUUUAAUCUCCAGUUCUAUGGCUUUGAUUUAGUUUAUUUUUAAGUUUAUUUAUUUUUCUUUUCUCUCCCUGGCUUUUCUUGAU